UGUGGUCAUUAUCAAAGAGACUCAUUUCUAUUCAUUUCUCAGCGCACACGACCCUCGCACACCCACCCCUCAUUACGUGUGUCCUUUCCUCAAUAAAUACAGCUCUUCUGUGCUCUGAAGUGUCAGUUCAUCCUCAAGUGUUCAGCAUGCCCCGUCCAGACGGCUCUUACGCGCAGUUAAUCUGGAAAGAGGCAGAGAGAGCCCGCUCGGACACACAUCCCGGAGCGGCAGAGGGCUGGAGGGAGGAGAGGGCGCAGGGCAGGGUCAGCUGUGACCCGUGCGCUCUCGUCGAGCUCCGGCUCUCCGGACUCGCAUAUCCCGACGAAGACCAGAGCGCAAUCGCCCGAGCCCGGAGACGUCGCAGGCUGGCUGCUAACGCCCGUGAGAGGAGGAGGAUGCUGGGUUUGAACGUGGCCUUUGACCGCCUGAGGAGCGUCAUUCCUAACGUGGAGAGCGACAGGAAGCUGUCCAAGUCUGAGACACUUCAGAUGGCGCAGAUCUACAUCAGUACACUGAGCGAGCUGCUGGAGGAAAGAGACUGCGACCCGGAAUUCAGUUACCCGACAUUAGCGAUGGGCAUGCAGGAUCAGGUCAUUGUGAAGGGUUCGAUGGAGACUGAAGAGACCAAACCAGAGCAGAAAAACGUUCCCGCAUGUAGGAUAAGAUCAUAUGCUGGGAAUAUCAGGCAUCCCACUUGCUGUGACCCCAAAACACCAGAACUCUUAGUGGACUCCCACUAUCUGGAAAGGAGCAAUGGAGCAAAAUAG